AGGAUAUUGGAAGUUACAAUCCGGAUGACCAUGAUUACACCUCGGAUUUCAUUGAUGGCGUGAAAUACACUACGGAGUUGCAAGCAUAUGAAGCAGCCAUUGAGAUUGCAAAGGGUUUUGGGUUUUAUUUGGUGAGGGCAUCGAACAAAAAAAAUACGAAUGAAGGUACUUGGCGACAUUACUUACAUUGCACUCAUGGUAGGAAGAAGAAGUCGAAGGAACCUGAUCCGAGUAAGGAAACGAGGCCUCUUACAUCUACUGAAAAGUUGGGGUGCGAGUUUAAGAUCAAGCUUGAGCGGUCAGGAAGUGGCUUCAAUCAUCUACUGGCGCAGUCGACACGGUAUACAAGAAGAACGAUGAUUACAUUGAGGCUCAACACCUUCAAAUCAGGAAGCUGCUGGAGGAUUCCCGACAAAAGAAGCUGCUCCGAGCGGAUGGAAAACCAUUUCGAGAGUUGAAUACGAAAGUCACUCUAGAAGCUCUGAGGUUGAUGUUGUUCGAGGUAGCAGUGGAAGGGGAACCUUGUACAUGUACGUUUCUUCCUACCUAUGGUCUCCCAUGUAGAUGUUCCAUUCAGUUAGCACGACGUGAAAAUCGGGAUUUCGCCUUGUAUGAUGUGUUGCCAUUCUGGACCGUUAUCAACUAUCGUGAACCUCCUACUCGGCCGGAGUGGGAUGACCAUAGUGAUUACCACCGUGGUGUGUUCCAAGGUCUAGUACAGGAGGUUCUUGAUAGAGGCGACGAGACCAUUCGAGGUGCAAUCGGCCUACUCCGGAGCCAUCUUCAUCCUGAAAAUGAUGGCAUUGAUGAACCGCAUGGGGGACAGCCCCGCCCCGGUCGCCCAAGGACGUCCACCACUCGAAACCUGUCUCACUUCGAGCAUGUGGAGAGGAGACGAGGGAGGAGAAGUUCAAGACUUCCGACUGCAACUCCGGACAAUGAUGGAAAUACAGGUGGUGCCCCGAAUGUGAAUGCACAAACCAACUUCGAGGAUGAGACGGAGCCGAUCCAUAAUGAUACAGAUGGUGCACCGAAUGGGAAUGCACAAACCAACUUCGAGAAUGGGACGGAGCCGGUGAUCCAUAAUGAUACAGAUGGUGCCCCGUGGAGGGUUGCUCGGAUUCCCAAUACUAGUUGGAAGAAUUACCCAUGGCUACAUUGUUUGGAAUCCUACGUGCAACGACUAGUUCGUGGUUGGUUCAACCCUAUUCCAGAUGGACACUGUGGAUUUCGAGCUAUAUCACAAGCAGCUACUGGGGACCAAAGGAAUUGGCCACAAAUGAGACGCGCUGUUCUAGAGGAGCUUGAAUCCCGUCCUGAGCUUUAUAGAGCCUACUAUGAUGGAAUAGCAAAUGGAAUAGAAGAUGGCAUUCGACGUUGCAGGUGGGCAUCAACAAGUGGCUGUGGACCUUUCAACUGGAUGGAUAAUGCGGAACUCUUCGUCUUCGCCACCUUGCAUUCAUGGGCCAUCGUUGUAUACAGUCAAGGCGGUCGUUAUACCGUGCUACCUGUGACGGCCCCACCAGGAGUAACAAGACCACGUGGGAUCUUAUCACUACAUUUUACGGGGGAUCAUUGGGUGCGACUUGACUUUCGACAUGGUCAAGUGCCCAUGCCUCCAAUUAACUACCUUUGGCCUAUUUAUCAUGACCCUAGUGUCAAUGGGUGGGAUCAAUUCUUCUUACAUGAGCGUGCGCUUUAUGAUAGAUUGAACCCACGGGGAUGAAUUGUAUAACUC